CUUCGUUUGAUUCUCCUACCAUGUCAUUCAGCCUUGGCCUUCGUUGUAACUCCCCAUUGCCCAACUUCGCGCGUUCUUUUUUUAACAAAGCUGCUGUUAUGCCAAUACCGGCUCCGAAGGACUCGAUAAAUACCCCGCAAGAUUUUCUGAAGGCGAUAGGACGCUCACUUGAUACCAAAAUCACACAAAAUUCAUGGGAACAGUUUUGGAAGAGUUCAGGACUUCAAUUUCGAGAGCAAGGAUUGUCAGUUCGGGAUCGGAGAUACACUCUAUGGUGCAUGGAAAAGUUUAGACACGGGGUUCCGGUUGAAGAAUUUGUUCAUGAGCCUAGACCGAAAAAGACCAUUAGAGGCUGGGGUCCUACUGUUCAGAAUGGCAAACGGAUACGAUCAAGGCGUAUGAAGAAUUGAUCAUUAAUCUACAUCAUUUUCAUCCUCUCGUC